AUGCUCGCUACUCAACACCAACAAUCAUCAUCAAUUAAGAUGACUGCCGCUCAAAAAGAAGCUCAAAUCAUGGCUGAUAUCAAAGCUAAUGCCAGAAAAUUCGAAAACAAAUUUGAAGGUUCAUUCUUGGGUGAUUACUUUGGGUUCGCUAUCAGAAAAUAA